UCUUUUCAGGAUGUGGAGGGAACUGCAGAUGGUGGCUUUUUACCGGGCUGUCUUUGCAGAAUUCCUGGCCACUGCCAUCUUUGUCUUCUUUGGCCUGGGCUCGGAGAUGAAUUGGCCAGAGAAGCCCUCUGUCUUGCAGACUGCCAUCACCUUCAACUUGGCUGCAGCCACCGCUGUCCAGAUAGCCUGGCAUGCCAGCGGAUCCCACCUCAACCCGGCAGUGAGCUUGGCCUUCCUGCUUGGCUCUCGCGUAUCGUUGGUGAGGGCAGCCUGCUAUAUACUUGCCCAGAUGGUCGGAGGCAUCGCCGGAGCGGCCGUCCUUUACGCGGUGACUCCUGAGGACAUACGAGGAAGUUUAGGCACCAGUACGGUGAGAGUCAACGUCUCGUCCGGACAAGCUGUGUCCAUCGAGCUCGUUUUGACAUUGCAGCUGGUUCUGAGCUAUCUUGUGUCCACCGAUAGCAGCCGAAACAAAGGUUCUCCAGCUAUCAUGAUCGGUGUCUCAGUUGCCCUGGGACACUUAAUUGGGCAUUACUACACCACCUGUUCCAUGAAUCCAGCCAAAUCUUUUGGCCGUUCAGUUGUAGUCGGGAACUUUACAAAGCAAUGGAUAUUCUGGGUGGGGCCACUGGCUGGUGCAAUCCUGGCCUUUGUGCUUUAUACCUUUGUCCUUUACCACGACCCAAAGACCUUUGCGGAACGACUGGCUAUUCUCAGGGGCAGCUAUGAUGCAGAACCUUUGGAGAAGAGUAAAGACCAGCCGACAGACUCUGUAUCUCUGCCCAUGCCCAGCCUUGUACAUAGACUCUAGACUCCUAAGAGCAUCCCAUGGAAGAACGUUGAUGGCUUCUCCUGUUUUUAGAAAGGACUAAGUGAGAAACCACUCUUCUCUCUCUGGCCACGAGAGGGCCCCAAGUGCCUUUUCUCUGAAAUCUGAAGUCAGAUUUCAUAUGCACGGUGCCAAAUUUGCAACGACUCUUUUAGCAAGAGGAAUGGCAGACAAUAGGAAUGGAUCUGUGGUGUUGUAU